AUGCUCGGUUCUGGAGAAGCCAUCCCGGAGACCUUGGCGCCUAAAAUCAGCGCGAUCGUCACGUUCGGCAACCCUCUGAAGCUCACGGGUCAGACGAUCGAUAGUUCGAGUCAGACGUACGCGUCCAAGGCGAUUGAAUUCUGCAACAUGGGCGACCCGGUGUGCGGCGGCGGCUUCAACACAAUGGCGCACAUGAUGUACGCAACGGACGGAAGCGUGGCGACCGCAGCACAAAAAGCUGCUGCAUUGGUACAAGGCAACGCGGGGGUGCGUGGCAACGCGGGAGCGCAGGGUGGCGGAAGCCCCCCGAGUAACGCGGGAUUGCAGGGCAGUCCGGGAGUGCAAGGCGGCGAGGGCUUCCAGGGCAACGCGGGGUUCCCGGGUAACUCACGGUUCUCGGGUAACUCAGGGUUCCCGGGAUUCGGGUUUCCCAGGUAA